GCCGCGCGACUCUUCAAUGGCAUUUUUUGAAAAUGGGUAUAUCUUAUUACACUGAAGAAACCUAUGACUAAGCACCGGAAACUCCCGCCACUCUAACAGGCAGCAAAGUUUUAAUUGUGUACAGCUGGAAUUACCAAAAGAAUCACAGAUGGCAGCAGAAGGCGGCUCGGCAGGAUGGACAUGGCAGGGCCAUUUGUCGUAUUAUGACUACCAAACAAAGACAGAGAAACAAUUCAAGAAAGUGUCGAAGCUUAAAGAUGAACUCGACAAAGAAGGAAUCGUUCAUGUAUACAAAUGUUUUCAUCCGUUGGCUUACCCUAUGGGAAAAGUUCUUCACGGAUAUGUUAUUUUCGGAGCCAAUAAAAAUGGAACGAUCUUCUUUCAUUCGAUCGAAAAGAACCAGGAAGAUCUAGUUUGGCAGAGAUCACACAUUUGGGAAGACGUCAUAUACAGGCUUAAAAAUGAGGAUCGUCCAUCGGGUCAGGUCUCGAAGGAAAGCGAUGUAGUCGUUGGAGACAUUUAUGAUCUUAUAGAUUGGUUGGAUAACGAGACUCAGAUAACUCGGAAAUACAACGUUUUGUUUGAUAAUUGUCAACAUUUUGCAAAGAGUGUAUACGAAGUUGUUUUUCAAUUCAAAGAAAAGAUAAUGAUGACUCAUCCAACACUUAGCGCAGCAGAAUCUGAUGCGGACAUGUACGAAUGGUUCCAAGGGUUGAAUGAAGAUAUAACUCGAGUUACCACGAGUAUGAACGUCGCCAAGAGCGGUGAUUAGCACCAGUAGAUGAUUCAAAAAUGGAUUAAAUACAAACACAGAUUGAUAACGUUUAAAUAUUGGCUCUCGCGAAAUCAUUUUAUUACAUCCAAUUCGGUCAAGUAUGCGAAAAGACUAUUUUCAGUUUUGAUUUCAGUAUGUAAUCAAUUCCAUCAUUGCAAUUUGAAUGAUUUUGAUAUGAUAUGGUGGAAUACUGCUGCCGUAAGAUAACAUGAUAACGUUUGCAAAUUGUUUCGUAUUAGCCACUUAAGUUUCGCGAUAACAUUUAGCUAUCUAGUAAGACUAUUUGUAUAAAUAUGAAUGAACUUUUGCAACGAACAUGCGUAGUAGUUUUUCCUUACUCUUCAUUCAGAAGUUUUUACAUCCAAAGAUGUUUACCAUAUUGGCCAUGUAUCCAUACCAACCGCUACGGGAAAUGUGAAGUUGACAAUAGCAGCAGACACAACAACGUUGAAACAAAUGACACAAAUUUACACAUUAAAAGUUUAUUGUGAAUUUUAAAAGCAAUUUUAAUGUGAACUGGAGCCAUCACAGAAGCACUUGUAUAGUCAUAUAUUAAAAUUCUUAUUUAGUGUAUAA